AUGCUAGGAUAUAUUAGUAGACAAGCAGCUUACAGGGCUCCAGUUGGUGUUUUACGCCGUAAUAUUUCUAGUACUAGAAGUGUUAUGGCCGAAUCAACUAGUGAUGCUAAAGAUUUGGAAGAAAUAGUUGAGAUUGAAUUGCCUGCUUCAUCUUUCGAGGGUUACAUGUUGGAUGUUCCAGAUUUGAAUUACAAGGUGAGCAAGGGUGCUUUGUUGCAAAUGUACAAAGAUAUGAUUGUCAUUAGACGUAUGGAAAUGGCCUGUGAUGCUUUGUACAAGGCGAAAAAAAUUCGUGGGUUCUGUCAUUUGUCUGUUGGACAAGAAGCCAUUGCUGUCGGUAUUGAAAAUGCUAUUACUAAACGUGACACCGUUAUUACUUCUUAUAGAUGUCACGGUUUCACAUACAUGAGAGGCUCUUCUGUCCAGGCCGUUUUGGCGGAAUUGAUGGGUAGACGUUCCGGUGUUUCCUAUGGUAAGGGAGGUUCCAUGCACAUGUACGUUGAAGGGUUCUACGGUGGUAACGGUAUCGUUGGUGCCCAGGUCCCAUUGGGUGCUGGUCUUUCAUUUGCCCACCAAUACAAAAACGAGGAUGCAUGUACCUUUGCCCUAUACGGUGAUGGUGCAUCCAACCAAGGUCAAGUUUUCGAGGCUUACAACAUGGCCAAGUUGUGGAACUUACCAUGUAUAUUUGCCUGUGAAAACAACAAGUAUGGUAUGGGUACCUCUGCAGCUCGUUCCUCUGCAAUGACCGAGUACUUCAAGCGUGGUCAAUAUAUUCCAGGUUUGAAGGUUAACGGUAUGGAUAUCUUGUCUGUCUACCAGGCCUCCAAGUUCGCCAAGGAAUGGUGCGUCUCUGGCAAGGGACCACUUGUUUUGGAAUACGAAACCUACAGAUACGGUGGUCACUCUAUGUCUGAUCCAGGUACUACUUACCGUACCAGAGAUGAAAUCCAGCACAUGAGAUCUAAGAAUGACCCAAUUGCGGGAUUAAAGAUGCAUUUGUUGGAAUUGGGCAUUGCUACUGAAGCAGAAAUUAAAGCUUACGACAAGGCUGCUAGAAAGUACGUUGACGAGCAAGUGGAAUUAGCCGAUGCUUCUCCAGCUCCAGAAGCUAAGAUGUCUAUUUUGUUUGAGGACGUUUAUGUUCCAGGAUUCGAAACUCCUACUUUGAGGGGUAGAAUCUCCGACGACACCUGGGACUUUAAAAAGCAAGGGUUCGCUUUCAGAGACUAG